ACGGACAACCGCACGGAACUCGUCCGCCUGUAGAUCCAGUUAAGAUCAGCGCUGCCCCAGCAGAUCAUGUCACUUCGUUCGCGUACUGCCACGCAUUAGGUUGUUCUCUCGUACCCGGUUCUCAAUUUUGUAAUUGCCAGUGAAAGAUCUGGCGAAAAUUAAGAACAAAAAUUGUGGACAAUUACACAACUACAGUCCCCAGUCCCCAUUCCCCACGUGUGCAUGAGUGUGUGCGUUCAGUAUCCAAAAGCGGAAGUGGCCCACGUGCCAAGCAAGAUCGAAAUCGAGAUCGAGACUCAGUGAAGACGCAGUCGAGGGCUUCAGACAGUUAAUUAAGAUGGUGCAGGGCGAGAAUCCGCACAGUGUGGAGCCGGAGGAGGAGGAGGAGGAGCAUGAAUUGGAGAGCAACUCAACAGAUUCACCACGUGAGCGGGCGAACGAUGAGGCUGAUGUGGAGGCCAGGCUACUGGACAACGGCACCAAGCACGCAAAAUCCAAAGUGCCUGUUGGCGAGGACGAAGAGGACAAGACGACGCCCAAACCGGCCAAAUCUAAGAAAAAGAAAAAACAGAAAUCAGAGCACGACCGCCUCAUGACCGAGGAGAUCAACCGACUGCUGAACGAGUCGCCGCUGGAGAAGAGUGUGACGUGCGGCUUCUGGAUAUUCAAGGGCCAGUUCUAUCAGCGAUUUGCCAACCAGACGGCGUAUGUGCUCCUCUACGGCAUCGUGGGCUGCGUCUUCUCGAUGACGUAUGCCUACUUCAAUGGCACCAUCACAACGAUCGAGAAGCGCUUCAAGAUCCCCUCGAAGAACACCGGCAUCAUUUCGGUGGGCAAUGACAUCAGCCAGACCCUGGUCUCCGCCGUCCUCGCCUACUAUGCGGGCAAGGGACAUCGGCCCCGCUGGAUAGGAUUCGGUCUCCUGACUAUUGUCUUGUUCUGCGUGCUGACCACCACACCACACUUCCUGUACGGCCCCGGCGAGGACGCCCUGGCCCUUACCUCGGAGUUCGGGGGCAUGCCCGAUGAGAACGCCACCAUGGAGGCCAUCGAGGAGCAGCGCUCGAAGACACUUUGCCGCCUGAAUGGGGGCGGACCAGAGUGCGAGAUUGGCGAGGGCAACUUUGCGCCCCAACUGCUCCUGUUUGUGGCGCAGUUCAUAUCGGGCAUCGGUGGAUCCCUGUACUAUACCCUCGGUGUGUCUUACAUGGACGACAACACGAAGAAGUCCAAGACUCCGGCACUGUUGAGUCUCUCGUAUUUCCUGCGCAUGCUGGGUCCCGCCAUCGGAUAUGCCCUGGCCUCCUUUUGCCUGAGGCUGUACAUCGCCCCACAGUUGCAUCCGGUGAUCAAUAACAAGGAUCCUCGCUGGCUGGGAGCCUGGUGGCUGGGCUGGCUGGUAAUGGGCGGUUUGCUGUCCUUCUCCGGGGUCUUUCUUUCGAUGUUCCCGAAGGAGCUGCCGCGAGCGUUGGCCCGUCGCAAGGUGGAGGAGAGUCGGAGGCGCGAGAAGGAGCGGCUAUCGCUGAAGAAUAAGGAGAGCACGGAGAAGGAGCCGCUGACUGCCGAACUGGACCAGAUGUCCCCCGUCGAGCCAAAAGCCUCGUUCCAGGAUAUGCUGAAGACCUUCAGGCGCCUGACCACCAACAAGACGUACAUGUGCAACACGCUGUCGAGCAUUUUCUACCUGGUGGGCUACACUCCCUACUGGAUCUUCACACCCAAGUACAUCGAGGUGCAGUACAGGCAAUCGGCAGCCACAUCCUCCAUGGUCACUGGCACCGUGGCCCUCGCAUUCUCUGCCGUUGGGGUGCUGCUAUCUGGGUUCAUCAUAUCCCGCUAUAAGCCGAGGGCCCGCUACAUGGCUGCCUGGAACGUGAUCUGUGGCUUCCUCACGAUGGCGGGCAUCCUGGCCUACGCCUUCAUCGGAUGCCCCGGCAACGAGAGCUCGGUGAUUGUCAACAUCCACGACAGUUCGCUGGGCAGCAACACGACCACAUGCAACUCGGCCUGCUCCUGCGACUACGUUCGGUACUCGCCCGUGUGCGGGGAGAACAACAUGACGUACAUCUCCGCCUGCCACGCGGGCUGCAAGGGUCAACAAAUCAACUCGGAUGGCAGAAAGAUCUUUUACGAUUGCUCCUGCAUUCCUGGCGAUGAAUGGGGCAACUCCACAGCUCAGUUCAAAAGGAUUACCAGCCUUGACCUCAGUCUUGAGAAUGCCACACUGGACACCACGAGUCUCUCGCACUUGGAGAGUCUGGCAAGCGGACAGGCAAUGCCCGGAUCCUGUCCCGUCAACUGCUGGACGCAGUUCGUGUCGUUCCUGGCGGUGAUGUGCUGCCUGAAGUUCAUUGGAGCCAGCGGUAGAGCAUCCAAUUUCCUCGUGUCCGUGCGCUGUGUGCCCGAGAAGGAUAAGACGGCUGCCAUGGGCUUUGGCAUGACCAUGUGCUCCAUGCUGGCCUUCAUUCCCAGUCCCAUCUUCUUUGGCUGGGUCUUCGAUCGGGUGUGCCUGGUCUGGGGCAAAACCUGCACGAACAAAGGCAACUGCUGGCUCUACGAUCCGCUGUCCAUGAGGUAUACACUGAACUUUACCGCUGCUGUAUUCAUUGCCAUUGGUUCUGUGUUCGAUCUGGGUGUUUGGUAUUAUGCCAAGGAUCUGAAAAUCUUCGACGAGGAGGUCAAGGAGGUCGAAAUGCAGAUUGUCCAGCACGAGGAGGAGGCCAACAAUGAGAAGAAUACAGAGAUCUAGAUUUUAGUUUGCAUUACUCUUAAGAAAAAGCUGUGUGAGUGAAUAUUUUUGGUGUCUAUAUCAAUGUGUGAUUUCUCCAAAGAGCCCUGUAUAAUAAUGUUAAUAAAGUGUAUUCUAACUGUGA